CGGGGUCAGAGUUCCCUGAGCUACAUGUGGAGGGGGCAGGAAGAGGAAGAGAGGAGGGAGAAAGACUGAGCUACAUAGCUAUGGACGACUACACGAAAAGAGCGGUGGAGGUGUUCAGAGAGUGCGCCCGCAUCCCUCUCCUCUCCUCUGCCGCCGUGUUCAGCCAUAGAGACGAAGGAAAGUACGAGGUGCUCUCCAAAUGGAAUCAGCGGGAACUGGAGAGAGGGAAGAAGGUGGCGUUCACUCGCUCUUUCUUUCUGGAGAAAGACGGAGGAAGAAUCAAGAAGCUUGCCUCCUCCAUGUUUCAGUCGGACACUAGCAACCAGAUAAAGGUGAGCCACGCCCCCCCGUCUGGAAUGAGAGCAGUGCUGGUGAAGGAGAAGCCAGCUAAUGGCAAACCAGGAGAUGAGUCACAGCAGUACAUUGAGGUAUGGAGUGGUGAAGGUCUGGAGAAGACAGUGGCAGUGGCUGACCUGAAGAAACACGGGAAGAUCCAUGAAGACACUCACUUUGGGUCGUUCCAUCUCUCAGCCAACGGGCAGAAACUGCUCUUCAUCGCCGAGAGAGAAAAACCGAAACGUAGCUCAUUCUUCAAGAAGACUCCAGCAAAAUCUGAAGAUGAAAAGGCACCAGUUCAGGGUGCAGAGUAUGUUGCCGAGGACGACUGGGGCGAGCAGCUGACCUCAGUGGUUGACCCAGUCGUCGUGGUGAUGAGUGUGAGGAGUGAGGAGUGUGAGGUGGUGGAGAUCGGGGAUGACGUGUCUGGUGAGCGGGCAGGCGUGUGGGUCCCAGAGGAGGGAGGAGGGGGAGGAGAGGUGGUGUGUGUGGGGUGGGAGAACAGACCAAGGAAACUGGGGUUUGUCUACUGUCUCAACAGGCCAUCUGCCCUCUACCACAUGCACCUCGGCUCUGGGAAAUCCACUGCUCUGACUGGUAAAGAUGACUGUGUCUUCUCUCCAAGGUUCAGUCCCCACGGAGACAAGCUGGUGUAUUUCCAGACCCCGGGAAGUGGGCCACAUCGCUCAUGUGCUGCUCUGAAAAUGAUCAACUGGUCCAAUAAACAGAUAGUGACAGUAGUGGACGUUGUAAAGAGAUCAUCUACUGUGGGAGGGUUUCCUGGGUUCUAUUCCACGUGGCUUCCGGAACGGUGCUGGGACGACGCUGGAAAGACAAUCUUCUGCAGCGAAAACUGGGGCAGCCAGAUUAGAGUGGUGCAAGUUGAUGUGGGGAGUGGAGAAGUGAGGGGUGUUAGCAACAAGGAGGGGGCGUGGUCAGUCAUGUGUGUGUCACAUGACCUGAUAGUUGCUCAGCAUGCCAGUCUCUCUCAGACUCCACGACUGAUGGUGGGUGUGGUCUCGUCCGGCAUGUCACACGACGUCACGUGGACUGAAAUAUCUCCGCCCCAAGUCUCCAUGGUAACGGAAGGUGUGACAUGGAAAGUCCUGAGCUUCACUCCAGAUCCUGGCUCAGUACCGUAUGAAGCCAUACUUGUGAAGCCACGCCCCUCACCAACCAAGCCUCCUCUGGCCGUAUACCCUCACGGUGGUCCCCAUGGAGUGAUACCGGCUGACUUUCUCGUUUGGCCUGUUUGUCUGGCUUCUCUUGGAACUGCCGUCCUAUUGGUAAACUACCGUGGCUCCACAGGGUAUGGGCAGGACAGCAUAGACUGUCUACCGGGGAAGAUUGGUCGACAAGAUGUCGAUGAUGUGCAGGAUUUCUACAAAGCUGCCUCAGUGAGGAAUCCAGUGGUUGAUAUGGCAGGGAUGAGGGUCACAUCCGACAUCCCGGACUGGACGUACGUCGAGUGUGGAGUGACCUUUGACCCUGCCACGCCCCCCAAUCACGAGGAUGUUGCCAAACUGCUUCGUCACUCUCCCAUCGUCCACGCUCACAAGAUAAAGGCAGGAGUCCUUGUUUUGCUUGGGGCAGACGACAGAAGGUGCCCUCCCUCUCAGGGACAGUUUCUCUACCACACCCUCAAGGCAAUGGGCAAGGACACCAGACUACAUAUCUACCCAGGAGAGUGCCACCCCAUAUCGUCUGUACAUUGUGAUGCUGACUGCUUCGUCAAUACUGCUGUCUGGAUGCACAGCCACGGCUGCAGUGCAGCAUAAACUGUAUAUACCAUUGUGUAUUACAGCAUACCUUAUUUUUUAUGCGCAUGCGUACGAGACUCCGUCCGGCCUGGCGCGCGCGGCCGCC